AACAGAAGUCCGUCACUACACACACAUACUCUUUCUUACCCAAUGGCAGGCGCUCAGAAACUCUAUCCGCGCGCAACGGUCAAGAAGAUUGUCAAGGCGCAUUCUAAGCGCAAUGUCAGUAAGAAUGUUGAUGUUCUGAUAUUCCUCGAUUAUGCUCUCUUCCUACAGACGUUGAUGAAGGAAGCUAGCAUCAACGCGAAACAGGCAGGCGAACGAGGUAUCAGCGCGAAGAGUGUGAAGAAAGUCACUGAGGUAUCACUUUCGAAAUUUAAGGGCUGAACGCUGGCUUUUGAGCGAGGACGAACACAUACAAUAUGCGAGGUGGGCCGUUGGACGGUAGCAACCUCUAUCAGAGCUACGCCUUGCUCUGCAUAACGCCAAGUCCCGCAAGACAAUGAGUAAAGGAGUCUCGUGGUACCUAGGUGACGGAGACACGGACACGGAGUAGCGUAAGAUAGGAUGAGGCACUCCUGCGAUCGCAAGGCUGUGUCGGAAAGCUAGGAGACGGGAGGAAUCAGGGAGGCCGGGAAAACGCGCCCAUUCCUGCUCCAAAGGAGCAAGAUACACAACGAAUCGACACUUUGUGGCCUGAACCUUUCUUCCAAUUGAUUUGAUAGUGCAUAACAAGACACUUCCUUCGCCA